AUGUCUUUCCACCCAAUUUUCCGCUUUGAGCCCUCGUCCUCUGAGCUCACCCUUCGGCCCUCUGCAGCCGCUGAAAUAUUUCUCAAGCAGGGCUCUGCCAGUGGCGGGCAGGUGAAGAGGGCCGAUGUGGUUCGAGCCGAGGCGAGGGCAAGAGCAUGGAGCAAGUAUGCGGACAACAGCGAGCAAGCGGUGCUGGCCGAAAGUGAGCUCCAGAUCGGCCAGUACCGCGACCAAACCUUCCAGUGGCUGCUGAGUAACAACGUGGGGUUCGCUGUUAAGAUCUUGGCGUCCCACCAGAAGGAGAGAGAGGGAGGGGACACCACAACGACGCCCCAGAUGCUGAACAAGGACGCCCUUGCCUCCUACGCCGGGCUGUACCCACCCAUGGUGACGCCCGUCGCCAGGCGUAGGUUGUGCGAGGGCUCCCUGUCUGCAGGGGCGGGGCUGGGCGACAUGCUGGUGGGGUUUGGUGCGCACAGCCAACGCACCUACAAGUCCCUGUAUGACGCGCGGGACCAAGAGAGUCAAACCUACGUGGCAUGGAUUCGGAAGCAGAAGGUGGGAGCUCGGUCCAGGAUGGAGGCCCUGAAAAUGUAUGUGCCGGCUCGGGACAAGGAGCCCAAGACCGCACCUGAGCCAGCACAUGUCCUCCCACCACCAGGAGUGGCUCUUCAGCAGACUGCCUCCGGCAAAGAGCUGCUUCCCCUCAGCUGGAGGCAGACGCUUCCUGAAGAGCAGCAGGAGUGGGUGGGCUGAAGCUGUGGUGGU